CUAGGCUCUUUAUCUCCAAGAGGGAGGUACCUUGCGUCGUGGCCAUGAUCAUGUUACGGCGCAGGCUCAUCACCCUCAUUGCAGCCUUCUCCGUCUCACUAGUCGUCUUCCUCUUCACCUCGUUUGACACAGAGACUGCGUAUGAAGACUGGCGACCUGACAUCAACAGUAUCAGCGACAGCGUCAGUAGUGGCAAACAAGCAGCUCGAGGAGCUUCAAUUGAUGCGUCUAAGAGCGAACCAGCUGCGGCUGAAGAGAUGAAGAAGGAGGAAGCGAGACGGGUUGCUGAGGCUCAACGAAAGGAAGAGCUUCCUAAAGCUUGGUGGGGAGCAGCCGAGCCUGGCAAGCAGUCGGGCAAGUAUGAACAUAUUGCCGUUAUCAUUCGAACUGGCUUCCAGGUACAGAAGCGAUUGGAGGGGCCACUGUCUACCUAUCUCAAGGACAGAAACGAUGAUACACUGGCCAUCUUUUCUGAUCGAGAAUCGGAAGUCUUGGGCCGCAAGGUGCACGAUACUAUCAAGCCCUUCUUUGACAAGAACCCAGAAACCUACGACGGCACCGACAUGCAGAAGAUCUACAACUCAAUUCAAGCCAUGAGCAGCAAUGGCUCAGAAAUCAUUCCCGGUGAGCACAAUCAAGGCUGGCAGCUUGAUAUCAUGAAGCAAACCAUGUCAGCUGACUUGGGCUACCAAAUGCUGCACAAGAAUCGCAAAUUCAAGUGGUGGGUCAUCGUUGAUGAUGAUACCUACCUUCACCUGCCCACCAUUUCGGCUGAACUUGCAAAGGUCAACCACUCGGAAGCGCAUUACUUUGGUUCUCCCGUCUUAUAUGGCGGUACUUAUUACGCGCACGGUGGCAGUGGCAUUGUCUUGAGCGGAAAAGCAAUGAGCGAUCUGUUUGAGAACCGGACACUCGCCGAUCGUAUGCAUGCGAAUGGUCUCGAUACGCCCUUUGGAGACCACAACUUGGCCUUUCACCUCAAGGAAAUUGAUAUUCUCCUUGAAGACCGUUUAAGACAAUCUUUCCGCGGCCAUCCCUUGGAGGAGGUACGAUUCAAGCUUGAACUAGUCUGCGCGCCGCUCUUUACAUUGCAUCACUUGCAGGUAGCCGCCAUGAUGGCCACACACGAGAUUGUGUUUCGUGAUAGGCUUGUUCGAUUCUGGGAUGUGCUCGAUGCUGUUGCAGAUUUCAAGGACAUGAGUUUGUGGUAUAAAGAAGAUCACAGCUACAACUUGUGGGUCAAUGACAAGUUGAACCUUGAAAGUGAAGUGGGCAAGGAUAGCGACAAGGUGCCUGAAAUCUCAGAAAAGAUGCCGGUUGUCAAGAUCGACAGCAAGCAUGAGGAGAAGGAACGUCCCAAGUUGUGUGAAAAAUAUUCUCCUUGAAGACCGUUUAAGACAAUCUUUCCGCGGCCAUCCCUUGGAGGAGGUACGAUUCAAGCUUGAACUAGUCUGCGCGCCGCUCUUUACAUUGCAUCACUUGCAGGUAGCCGCCAUGAUGGCCACACACGAGAUUGUGUUUCGUGAUAGGCUUGUUCGAUUCUGGGAUGUGCUCGAUGCUGUUGCAGAUUUCAAGGACAUGAGUUUGUGGUAUAAAGGAGAUCACAGCUACAACUUGUGGGUCAAUGACAAGUUGAACCUUGAAAGUGAAGUGGGCAAGGAUAGCGACAAGGUGCCUGAAAUCUCAGAAAAGAUGCCGGUUGUCAAGAUCGACAGCAAGCAUGAGGAGAAGGAACGUCCCAAGUUGUGUGAAAA